AUGAAGUGGUCCACUGCAAUUUUUGCCACAGUAUUCGCCUCGGUGCUAACGAGCGGCAUCGCGAUCGAUGAGCGCAAGUGGCAACUGGUUCCCGAUAGCGAAGGACGCCUCCGCUUGGUGAACACCAACCCUUACGAUCUGCCGGAAUCCGAUCAGCCGGCACCACUGUUCGUGCCACAGCAGGACAUCAUUUUCCGGUUGUUCACGCGCGCCAACCCAACUCAGCCGCAGAUUUUGCAGCUCAACAAUGCCGGUUCGAUCACUGGUUCCAACUUUAAUCCGGCCCACCCGACUCGCUUCACGAUUCACGGUUGGAACAACGACGGUUCGCACUUCAUGAACUCGCAGAUCCGUGAUGCGUACUUCCAGGUGGGAGACUUCAACGUCAUUACCGUGGAUUGGGGUGUUGGUGCGAUCAACCCGAACUACAUCACCGCCCGAAACCAUGUGGGUGCGGUCGGCAAUACGGUUUCUCAAUUGAUCGAUCAACUGAUCGCAGCCACCGGCGUUAAUCCGGACAACAUCUACAUCAUCGGCUACAGUCUCGGGGCACAUGCUGCCGGUUCUGCCGGUAAGGCCCAAAAUGGACGAAUCAAUUCGGUCAUUGCCUUAGACCCGGCAGGGCCACUGUUUUCCUUCGGGCAACCGGAUGCCGUUUCACCGGCCGAUGGACGGUAUGUGGAAACGAUCAUGACCAAUGCCGGCGUGCUCGGUAUCAACACACCAAUGGGACAGGCCAACUUCUAUCCAAAUGGUGGCCGACUUCAACCCGGCUGUGGCACUGAUAUUGGUGGCAGCUGCUCGCACGACCGUGCGCCGCAGUUCUUUGCCGAAUCGAUCACCAGCAGCACCCCGUUCCGUGCUAUGCGCUGUGUCGAUCAUGGGCAGAUCCUCGGUGGAACCUGUACGUCGUCCGGACCCGAUGCCAACAUGGGUGGCCAACCUUCGAACUAUGGCCGUGGUGUUCAGGGCGUUUACUUCCUGCAAACCAAUGAUGCUUCACCAUUUGCGAGAGGUUGA